AAAUCUCUUCGCUUUACUCCCCGGAUUACACCAUCGCUGCAGGACUGACUCUCCGCCAAACGCAGCUCCGUUAGAGCGCUUGGGAGACGCACAAGUUGAACUAACGGGCACGGGACUCUUGCCGCACACUAUAGCCUACAAAGAACAGUAGCGUAACGAUAGGCUAGUCUAACUACACAACAGUGGACCACUGUUGGUAUAUUUAAAUACCUGUAAUAAAUGUAAACAGGGGAUGAAGCGUACGAUUUUAACAGAACCGUUAAACCGAAUCAGCUACUUAACGGGACGCUUGUCUUCAUCUGUUAUUGGUGUGUCAAGUUAGCGCGCGCUGGAGCGGAUCUGAGGCGGCGGCACCUGCUCAGGACGGCAUUUAUUUUUACACCCAGUACUUAUAUUCACUAGGAUUUUUAGCUCUAAUUUUGGAUGUUGCAACAAUUCCAGUACCUAAAACAUUCUCAGUAGACAUUGUGGUGGUAGCCUACCCUUCGUUGUCACUGCAUUUGCAGGCAAAAAUGAAACCGUUUACCUCGUACAACUGUACGUUGAUGUGUCGGACGGACUCGACAGCUGCUACCAGUUCGAACAAGACAGUUUCAUGCUCAUACCAGGCGGAAUGGUAUUUAUUAGCCUGAUGGGAAUAUGAAGACGACAUGGUGCCAGGUGUUUUCAAUGCAGGCCCCAGUCGUUAUGUUGGAGACAUCGCUUAUAGUUAUAAUAUGCGGUACCAUUUCUAAAACGGUAGCGGUAGCUAACAGCAGUUUCGGAUUACAGAACGACAUUGGUUUGCAAACCCCUUUGUCCGUGGACAAAGUGCCAAAUUUCCCGAGGACAGCGACAGCUGAAGCGAAAGCUCUGAGUGAGACAACAACACCUCUCUCUUUCCAUAAAAGUUCUGGGCUCCAAGGCAGGGGAGUCGGGCAGCCAGAGAGGACCAGGCCCUUUGUAGUGGUGGAGGGGGAGAGGAGGAGUCUUAAAGAAGCCUUGCAGAACGGCCAUCCGGACACUCUACAGUGUGGUCUGCAGGUGGGAGGCGCUGUCUACCUGCUGAACCUGGAGAAAAAUAAGGAUCUGCUGCCCAGCCCCCCCACUGUGUUCUUCUACCCUGCUGAUGGCACAGGAGUCAUCCAGGACCAGAGCCCAGUGACACACUGUUUCUACCACGGCUCAGUGCAGGGAUUUCCCCGGUCCAGAAUUGCCCUCAGUACUUGCUCUGGCUUGAGGGGAGUGGUCGCGAUCAACUCCACUCUGAGCUUUGAGCUGGAGCCCGAGGAAGAGGAGGGCGAGGGUCAGGAGGAAGAUGCAGAAGAGCGGAGCGGGGGGGAGAAGGAAGAGGGGGUGCACGUGGUGUACUCCGCCCGCCAGCUCCCGUCCCUGCCCGGGAUCUGUGGGGUGCCCCACCAACCGGUGCCUACUCUGGAUGUCCCACUGCAGCCUCACAGAAGUAAGAGGGAUGUUCUCGGGGAGACCAAGUACAUAGAGUUGGUGCUGGUGGUGGAUCACAGCGAGUACCUGAACUAUGAGAAGAACAACAGGACCAUAGUCUACCGCAUGCUGGAUAUCUCCAACCAAGUGGACUGGUUCUUCAGGCCCCUCAGUGUGCGGGUGGCCCUGGUGGGGCUGGAGAUCUGGAGCGACGGGGACAGGAUUCGGGUGGACGGCAGCCCCGCCGACACCCUGGAGCGCUUCCUGGACUGGCGCGCCCGCGACCUCCUGCCCCGCCUGCGCCACGACAACGCCCAGCUGGUCCUGGGGAGCGCGUUUAAGGGUCGCACCGUCGGGAUGGCCUCCCAGUCCUCCAUGUGUUCCUCGGAGCGGUCGGGCGGGAUCAGCGUGGACAACCUGGUCAGCAUUCUGGGCGUGGCCUCCACCGUGGCCCACGAGCUGGGGCACAACCUGGGCAUGCUCCACGACACGCAGGACCGCCGCUGCCUGUGCCUCAACCCCGCCCAGCAGGGCGGCUGCAUCAUGGAGCCCGCCACCGGGUUCCUGCCAGGCCAGAUGUUCAGCAGCUGCAGCGCGGAGGACCUGUCCGUCAGCCUGCUCCACGGGGGCGGAGCCUGCCUCUUCAACGUGCCGCAGCCCAAGAGGCUCCUGGGAGGACCGCGCUGCGGAAACCUGCAUGUGGAGCAGGGCGAGGAGUGCGACUGUGGUCUGACGCACGAGUGCGAGGAUCCCUGCUGCAAUGCCGCCACAUGCAGAUUGGUUCCGGGGGCCCGGUGUUCCUCUGAUGGCCUCUGCUGCGAUAACUGCCAGAUGCGUUCUGCGGGCUUCAUGUGCCGGGACUCCCUGGGGGAGUGUGACCUCGCGGAGCACUGCACCGGCACCUCCCCCCACUGCCCCCCCAACCUCUUCCUCCAGGACGGGAACCCCUGCGAGGGGGGCGGGGCCUACUGCUACGGGGGCGUCUGCGCCAGCCUGGACUCCCAGUGCCGGGACCUGUGGGGGACCAACUCCACACGGGCACCGGAAGUGUGCUUCCUCUCCGUCAACAAACUGGGCAACAAGUACGGCAACUGCGGCCAGGUGCCCAACGGGACCUACGUGCCGUGUUCAGACAGUGACGUGCAUUGUGGGAAAAUUCAGUGUCAGGGGGGCAAUGACCGACCCCUCCUGGGCGCCAGGGUGCAGAUCCUCUCGACCAAGGUGCGCCGAAACCAGAGCGAGCUGGUCUGCCGCACCAGUUUCUUCGACCUGGGCGAAGACGUUUCCGACCCGGCAACGGUGGCACACGGCACAGCCUGUGGGCCUGGCAAGGCCUGUUUAGACCGGCAGUGCCGGGACGCGGCUGUUUUCGGCGUGGAGGAGUGCCAGAGGAAGUGCAGCGGCCAUGGGGUGUGCAACAGCAACCACAACUGCCACUGUGAUGUGGGCUGGGCCCCCCCUGACUGCAAAUACUCAGGCUAUGGAGGCAGUGUGGACAGCGGGCCCAUGGUGGAGCCCAGAGACUCUCAUGGCACACGAGUGGCGCUGCUGGUCACUUCCCUCAUUGUCCUGCUGGGGGCGCUGUUCUUCCUGCUGCUGCGUUACCCUCGCCUCCGCCGACGCCUCUUCAGCUUCCGCAGCAUCCUCUUCCUCAAGGGCCCCAGCCAGCAGCAGAGCCGGACCCCGGCCUUGGAGAGGAUGGCAGCCAGAGGUGGAGACCAAGCCCAGCCGCUGAGGCCCAACCCAAAAAAUGACAUUCCCCUCACCCUGUCAUUAAGCAAGCAGGCUGAGGACAAGCCCCUGCCCCCCAGUAAACCUCUGCCACCUGAUCCGGUGUCAAAACCUACCCAGUCGGUAGGGGAACGGCCGCGCCCUCCGACCAAGCCCCUCCCCCCUGACCCCGUUCCCCCUGGUGAUAAGGUCCAUGUUCCAGCAAGGCCUCCUCCUCCCACCAGACAGCUCCCAGCAGUGCCCCCCACACGCCCUGCCGCUGGAGUCGCCCCGAAUCAGGGACCCAGAGGGUCUCCAGUGCCCACAGCGGGCCCAGCCAGGCCCCCUCUUCCUCCUCCUCCUCCUCCUCUGAAAGUGACGCCCAAGCCAAAGGGAUCCCACUCGCCCCACCAGCGUGCGCACUGAGGACCCAGACGCCCCGUCAGGAAUCUCUCUUUCCGGGGCCCCGAAAGGCCAGUCUCCCGGCGCUGAGGAGGUCUAGUCCAUCCGCCUCGUGGAUUUAGACCCCUGGGACCCCCCUCGGGUCUCUCGUGGUCCUCCCCCCACUUUGAACUCUGGUCCUGGCAGACAGGACUGGCGUCCCAUUGGUUGCCGCUGGCGCAGUCGAACCAAUCACAGAGGAGAACGCAGGACUGCGCCCCCAUUGCGGCUCUGCCUUGUUCGUCUGCCCAAGUUUAAAAAUGACGUCUGUGGUGGUCAACGGUACGGCAACCAGUGUCUUAGGCCUUUGGAAGUAUGCGGGUGUGUGUGGGGUACUCUUGAGCUGAACUAACACAGACUUCCCUGGUGAGGCCUGGAAGUAAGGAACUAAGCCGAAAUGUAUUUAUUUUUCUAUAUAAAUGUUUUACUAAUUUGUCAAUAAAUCAUGGACAGAUUUGUAAAACGUUAAGUGGCUGAUGUAUUGUACAUAAGCUAAUUUCCACCCAGAUGGCCUUUUUUUGUUGUUGAUGGAAUGUAUCUAGAGGAGUCAAAACACGAAAUAGUAAAUGGUAAUAAUGAAUAAUAUAUUUUAGUAAUAAAAAUGAUAAGAAUGUCGAACUCAGUUUCAUGGUGCAACUUUGACCUGUGGCUCCCAAAAAAGACUGCAGGAAGUUGACUGUCACAUGACAUGACAUAGUAAGGAAAUAUGAACUUACAGUCGGAUGGUUGUCUUAUGAUACAUUCAGUAAGACAUAUCCUUUCAGUGAUACACUUUUACCAGAAGAAUACACAAUUAAUUCUUCUGUGGGAGUCCAGUAGACUUUAAAUUGAACAUUUUGCAGACAUUUUUGAAGCCUGAAGUUCACUUCAGGAAGCCUAACAUACGAGUCUGACCACAAAAUUGACAUCUCAGCUCAUACACACACUCGUUGGAAAAAAUCUGUUUGGCCUAAAUAAUUUGCAACAUUUGAUAUAUUUGCAAAUGCACUUUCCUGUACCAUCGCAAUAUACUGUCAGUCCCUCAGUGACCAGGGAGUAUGAAGCAGACAGACUUCUGUUGAUAUGCCUCUCAAUAAAAUAUCUCAAGACA